UUGUAGUAGGGGAAUAUUAGCUUCAGUUUUGUACAUUAUCGAGCUAUGGGCAUCUAUAUUCCAGCCUAAUUCCCAGUGUUUAAGCAUAUUUAUUUAGGCAUUUCAAGCACGGCUAAGAAGACAAGAAGGAUGAUUAAUACUAUUGCUGGAAAUACGGUCAAGAUUAAGUUUAACAAGAAUCCAUUGAAUUUUUAUGAAAGCACACCAAGCAAAAACACAUCUUCAGAAAAUAGAAGGAGGUCAAUUUUCAACAGCCUUCAAACUCCUCAUUAUAUUACAAGGACUUUAAAAUAGUGGAGAGAACCAUAAGCGGUGUUACUCCACUGACUACAAACUUAAGAGGCGAAGAGGAAAACCCUCAGAUACGAGCGAAACUAGGAAGUUACUAACCAGAGGUCUAAACAUGGACAGAGAUGGUGGCAUCUCACACACAGCUCAUAAGCGGUGUUAUAUUAGAAACCUCAACAGCUACUGUGUGAAUUACUCGAUUAAUAGAGACUUGUUCGAUAUGAGAGAAUCUCAAGGGAAAGAGAAAGAUCCGAAGAAGUUCAAGCUGUACAGUGACUUGGUCAUCAAGGACAUGCAGAGUAAGAUCAGCCAACUUGAGCAAGAGAACCAAUUCUUGAAGCAGAAAGUUCAGAUAUAUGAACAGAGGGAAACCCAGUAUGAGAAACAACUUGGGAUGUACAGAAAGAUAGCUCCUUCACUUCAGAAUUCAAGAGAUGGGAGAUCACCAGAGAGGGUCAAGACAGUAGAGCAACGCAUUAGGUCUUCAUUAUCAUGCCACAAGCUUUCUAAGGCUAAUAUGACUAAUAAGAGUUCGAACCGGUCUGGGCAGGGCAAGCCAAAGAUUACUCUCAGGAAUGACAUGAAGCCUUCUAGAGUCACUAUUUAUGAUAUGAAGCAUACUGAAGCAGCUGAAGAGAGCUCCAGAAAGAUGUUCUCCGGCCUUAGUACUCUUAACUCAAACCAGUUGGCCAAGAUUGAGAAGUUUGCCAAGAGUAUUAUGAAGGUCCAAACUGUUUUCGAAGUUAUUCAUGAAACUCUUCAGGAAAUUUCGAAUUUUUUUGAUACAAAAGCAGCUGAUUUUUACAUCUUGGACCAAGCUUUUGAUAGGUCAAUUGAGAGAACGCCGAAAAACUCGGAAUAUUUCAGCUAUGCAUCUAUUGACAGACAGGUAUAUCAAAGCAUUGGUCUGAGCGGUGGGAAGCCAAAUGAUCCUCUGAUUACUAACAUAAAUUCACUAUCUAACGGAGUUGUGACUCAGAAUAAGAUGAUAUACCCUAUUUUGGAUUCAAAUGGGGCUAUUCAAGGUUGAUACCAAAUCAGUCUCAGUGAGAAAACAGCUCAUUUGAGAGAAUCACGCACUGACUUUGCGACCUUGAAGGUUCUCGUCAUGAUCUCCCAUUGAGCUAUUCUAAACAUCCAGAGCAUGAAUGAAUCUGCAAUGUGAAAGAAUGACCUAGUCAACUUGAUGAAGUUCUCAUCAGAGAUUUGUGCAGCAAGAAAUUUAAAGAUUUUUAGUUACAAAAUUCAUGAGAUAUUACCAAAAUUUCUUGGAUUUGAGUCAGCUUCAUUGCUGCUUGUCAAUAACAAGUCCUCUGAAGAGGAGGAUGGUCAAGAAUACGAAUUAUACCAUAUCCCUUAUAACCCAGAGGACACAUCAUCAAUCUUGACAGGAAGUGUAUUACGAUUCCCUUGCACAAUGGGUAUCACUGGAAGAGUGUAUACCUCACAAACUCCAUAUUUCACAAAUUAUAUCGUUAGCGGCAAGUCUCCAGACCCAGUAGCUGAAAAUCCAACUCGAGAGGAUAGCUCAGAUGUUCAAGAUUCGUACCUGUAUGAGGGCGAUAUUGAUAAUGUGAGUAACAUCAAAGACCUCUCAAAUUUAUUAAUAAUGCCUCUUUUAAAGCCAUCUUUCGAGUCAAAGAAGCCUUGAACCCCUGAAGUAAUCGGGGUGAUACAGCUCCAUAACAAAAGGAAUGGAGGGAAGGCUCAUCAGUUUGCCACAAACAAGGAGGCUAGCACUCCUUUUGCUUAUCCUCAGAAAGCUAGUGGGUUGGCUCCGACAUCUUCUCUGAGCAAAGCUGAAGUUGAUGUUUGUGAUCUUGAGAAGUUAGAAAGUAUCGGCCCAUUACUGGCCAUGUGCCUUAUUAAUAUUUUUGAUAUUGGGAAAUCAGUCAAUAUCGCCGCAGGUGUGAAAGAAGGAAUUGCGAAAAUCGAAAAUCUAGCGAAAGAUGAGGUUUUUGGAGAGAUAUAAGAAUUUUUG